AUGGAAGCUUUGUCUAGGCUCACAGAAAUUUCUCAUUCCUUCCUCGACCUUUCUCACGCGGUUGUGAACUUGCCCAACUUGUCAGUCGAACUCACUCACCACCGCAUUGUACAAUUUUUCCGGCAACAUCGUCAACGUGGUUCCGUUGGCAUUUCAAAUUUUGAAUAA